GACAGCCGAGAGACACGGGACCCACGUGUGGACGGAAGCCGGGAGGGGGAAAGCGUUUGUAGAGGACGGCGUUUGAAUGUGCUCUCGUGUGUCCUGUAGCUUAGAGAUGAGUGUCACAAGAGUGUAAAACAGACGUCGCUUUUAGGAAGAAAAGCUAUUCCGUUUAAGUCCAAAGCCAUCGCCGUUGCUGUCGUCACUGGAUCCUAACCGAGCAGUUUUCCUUCUGAACCGCUCGGAGGGAGGGCAGGCGCGCGGGGGAUGAGGUCGACGGUGCUCCUCGCCCCGGUCACGGCGCUGGAGUUUCUGGGGGAGGAGUAUCUCCUGUCAGGUGAGGGUCCGGUCCUCUCUGUCUACAGCCUGCACACGUCCAGCACAGCCCCACGGCAGCCUGGCGCCACACUGAGCGUGCUCAGAAACCACCGCAUCCAUGGCAUCCGACCAGCCCCCCGGCGACAGGAGAGCGGAGAGGGAGGGUCCCAACAGCAGCCACGCCCACACGAGGAGAGUGGGGGCGGAGCCGAGCCGAGGCCGCGGCAACACGAUGAAGGAGGGGGAGGGACCCAGGGGGUGGGCGUGAGAGGGGCCACAUUAGAGGAGACACCAUGGCAGCAGGUCGACCAAAGAGCCGUGGAGCUUCGGCCGCCGGGGGAGGGGCUAGGAAGGGGCGUGGCUCCGCAGGAGAGAGAGGGCGGAGCUCUUCUGGCGGUGUUUGGGGGCAAAGCCGUGUGUGUGGUGGAGCUGAGGGAGGAAGAGCGCGCCGGGGGAAGCCCCCGCCUGGCCGAGCUGUGUCCGCUGUGGGAGCUGCAGGACUGGGUGUGGGAUGCCCACUGGCUGCAAGGGCGGCGCCACCUGGCCGUGGCCCUGGCCCACAAUGCCGUAGUCCUGUGUGACCCCUGGGCCCGGGUCGCUCUGGCCCUGUCGCGCUGCGCGGAGGGCUGCCUGCUGUACUCCGCGCUGCUGCUGGGGCCCAGCUGGGCCGGUCUGGUUGUGGUGGGCGGUACGGUGUUCAGCCAGCUGGUCCUGUGGGGGCCGGCUCAGGGCGAGAGCGCGGGGGGGGGCGGGGGCGGGCCCGCAGUCCAGCGCCGCCUGGAGGGGCACGAGGGGGUCGUUUUCGGAAUCGCCUACCUGCCGGAGUCCGGGUGGCUGGCCUCCGCCUCCGACGACCGCAGCGCGUGCCUGUGGCAGGUGGGGUCGCUGGGGGGGCCGGCGGGCUGUGGGUCCGAGAGCCCGGUGCGCCUCUGGGCUCUGUACGGGCACCAGGCCCGGGUGUUCGCGGUCCGGCUGCUCCGGGGCCGCCUGCUCAGCGCCGGGGAGGACUCCCUCUGCCUUCUUUGGGACGGGCACCGCGGCAGCGUGGCGCGCCGGUUCAAAGGUCACAGAGCGGGGGGGGUGCGGGCACUGGCGGUCAGCGAGGGUGGGGGAGGUGGGCACUGGGCUGCCACGGGGGGGGCAGACGGGGGGAUUCGAGUGUGGCGGAUCGGGGGGGACGGAGAGGGGGAGGGCGGACCUGGGAGGGGCUGUGCUUCUGCCCCACGCCGCUCUCUGUGCGACCUGAGGUUCAGAGGCAGAGGGUCCCCCAAAGUGGUGCGCCUGGCGGGCUUCGGGGCGCAGGGGCACUUGCGUGUGGUGGUCCUGACAGACGAGGGGUGCGUGUACCUUCACAGCAGCGGGGAGGGCGGGGGCGAGGGCUGGCAGCCGCUGGGGGGGGAGGGGGACCCCGAGUUCAGGUCGUACAGCGUCCUGGAGCUCGCCGAGGCCGGCGGGGGCGCGGCGCUGUGCGCGGUGGGGAACCUCGCCGGCGGGGUCCGCGUCUUCGCGCUGGAGCAGCCGGGGGGCGCCCUGGAGUUGAGGGCGGGCCGGGGCAAAGUCCACAGCCUGCACUGGGCCAGCGAGAGAGGGAGGGGCGGGGAGGAAGAGCCCGGGCGCUGGCAGCUCUUCGCCUCGGGGCCGGAGGGGCAGGUGUACCGCUGGGAGGUGUGUGCGGCCGGCGGGCGGGGGGGGCAGCAGGCGCUCGGGGUCCGGCCUCUCCGCCCGCUCCUGCUGCCGGCCUGCGCCAAGCGCUGGCUGACCGCCGUGGCCGCCCUGCCGGGCAGGGGGGCGCUGUGGGCCGCAGGGGACCGGAGGGGCUCCGUCCUGCUGUACAGGGGGGCGCGGGAGGGGCGAGGGGGGCCGGACGAGCCCCCGCUGGGCCCGGUGUCGGUUCUGUUCGGCCUGCACGGGAAGCAGGGCGUCACCUCCCUCCGGGCGCAGGGCGGGCUGCUGUACAGCACCGGGCGGGACGGCUGCGUCCGGGUGCUGGGGGUCCGGUCAGGGGACGAGGCGGAGGAGAGGCCCGACACCCUGGAGGUUCUGCGGGCCCAGCGGACCUGCCGGGGCAUGGACUGGGUCGAGAGAGUCCUGUUCCCCGAGACGCAGGAGGAGGAGGAGGAGGAGGAGGGAGGGGAGAGGAGCCCAGUGGAGGAGGAAGAAGGGGGGACAGAGCGCGCCGAGGGUGGGGGUGGAGUCAGUCCGGAGGAGAGAGGCCGGGGGGGGGACAGACUGCGGGGAGCCACGGAAAGUGGGGCGGCGGGGGGCGGAGGGCCCAGGGGGAGGUUUCUCGUUUUGGGGUUCCACUCGGUGGAUUUCGUGGUGUGGGACCCCGUGCGCCGCGAGCGCCUCCUCUCGGUGCCGUGCGGGGGCGGCCAUCGGUCCUGGAGCUACUGCGCCCCCAGCAGGGCGAACGCGGGUCCCGGCUGGACGCCGAGCCUGGGGGACGGGUUCGCCUUCAUCAAGCAAGGAGGGGUCUUCCUGUCCCGCGGCCGAGGGCCCCCCCUGUCGGGUUUUGGGGUGCCACUGGAGCUGAAAGAGGGGGUGCACGGAAGAGGGGUGGCGUGCGUGUGUCGGGUCGGGGCAGUGAGGUCAGAGGCUGGGGCGUGGUGGGAGGUCCUGGUGACGGGGGGCGAGGACACCACCCUGACAGUGCUGGGUGUACAGCCUGACUGUGGAUCUGUCAGAGUGCUGUCCAUCAUCGCUGACCACAUCUCCAGCGUCAGAGCGCUGGCCACUGUACCCCAACCCGAGGGGGAGACGGGCGCACAGGGCGGGGGACGCGGGGACAGACAGACAGGUGCAGGGACAGACAGGCUCCCAGAUGGACAGACAGACGUACAGGAGCCCUCCUGUCUGUCUGCAUUGCUCUUCUCUGGCGGGGGGCGGGCCCAGCUGCAGAGCUACAGGCUCCUGAUUGGCUGGAACAGGCAAGAAGGCACCCCUUCCUGUCAGGUGAUCCAGGUGGCAGGACACCGAUUGGCUGAGCAGUGGGAGAAGAGGCGGAACCGACACAAGAUGCUGAAAAUGGACCCAGAGACCAGUAUAAUGAUAGAAUGGUCUGUGUGCUGGCUGCGUGUGACCGACGCCCUUCUCCUUCCCAGGCUGUUCUCUCUGCACGAGUCCCUCCGCAGGCUGGUCCUGCUGUGGGGCUCGCUCCACCACCAGCGCUGUGUGCUCAGUGUCGCCCCCUUCAGCCUGUGCAGCCCACAGGGCACCAGGAGUCAGUUCCUGUGCAGUGCAGCCACCGAUGGUAGGAUUGCCCUGUGGGACCUGACUGAGGUGGUGGAAGGGGCAGAGGGGCUCACCGCUGCCCCCCAGUGCUGGGGUGAGGGCAGCCCCUGCCUCUGUGUGCCUGCCCACCAGAGUGGGGUCAACUCCCUGGCGGUGUGGGGGUCAGCUUCCUCAGAGUGCCUCCUACUGGCCAGUGGCGGCGAUGACGGCAGCCUGACUGUCAGCCGGAUCGGCGUGCAGUACAACACCCGGGACACAGGGGGCGCCUCGGCCUCGCUCCGCCUGCUCGGCCAGACCUCAGCCCCCUGCGCCCACGCCGCCCCCCUCACUGCCCUGCAGUUCCUGACCUCUGACCUCCUGGCCACGGUGUCGGUGGACCAGCGCGUGGCGCUGUGGAGGUUGUGCGGCGAGGGGCGCCUGCGCUGGCAGGGGGCGCUGUUCUCUCACGUGGCCGACGCAGCGGGGCUGGUUGUAAGUGGUUCAGCUUCCUGUGCCUGUAAGACUCUGCUGUGA